CUACAGGCGACCCAGAAGAGCUGCCAAGAAACUGAAGUCUCAGGAAGAACGGAAGAUGGGUCAUUUCCUUGAAUUCUUGAGUCUUGGUCUGGUUUCAAUGUGUCUUCUUUGGAAGGGGGUGCGAUGUGUUCAUGAAGAGUAUACGAUCCAUGCCCCAGACACGGUGUCAGUACAGGAGGGUCUCUGCGUUAUCAUCCCCUGCAAUUUCAUGUAUGACACAAACGCUGCCAGCUCUGGCUCCCCAUUGUAUGGUUAUUGGUACGAGGAAGGGAAAUGGACGGAGGAGCGGCCUGCAGUGGCCACCAAUAAUAAGAUGAAACCUAUCGAGGAUUAUGCUCGUGGUCGCUUUAAUCUCUCAGAGGAAGUAGAAAAUGGGAACUGCUCCCUUAUCAUCAGGGAUGCCAAAGAAACGGAUGAGAAGAAGUACUUUUUCAGAAUGGAGAAAGAACCCGAUGCAAAAUUUAGUUACAUUCGACCAAAAUAUGUCCAACCUUUUGUGAACGUGACAAAACUAGAAAACCCCAAAAUACAGAUGCCGGGGAAUCUUCGGGCAGGGCAUCAAGUAAAUAUCACUUGCAUAGCUCCAGAAAGUUGUGCCUUGAAGCGUCCGCACGUCAGCUGGAAAGGCCUUCCCGAUCAAGUCAAAACUGGGACCCGUGUAACGCAGGCAAACAACUUCAAGGAUCACAUCUCCGUGUUCAGCUUCAUACCCUCAGCUGCAGAUGAUGGCCAGGAACUUACCUGCCAAGUCACCUAUGGCGAAGAAGGGCAAGACCCACUUUACAGAAAUGAAACAGUCUAUCUGAACGUCAGCUACGCGCCCCAGAAGCUACGGAUCAAUGCAGAAGUUAUACGGUCGAAUACGAGUUUGCAGAACUAUACAAAUCACGUCCGGCUCACAGUAGAGGAAUGUGACACUGUCGUGUUACGUUGCGAGAUGGAAGGAAAUCCAUUGCCCAUUGUAACAUGGCAGAAGAUUCCACAAUCCUCCAGGUUCAAUGAGACUUUGGAUGAUGAAUUGAGGCUUACGAAUGUCACAAUGCAAGAUGAAGGCGAAUACGAGUGCCAAGCGCAAAACACAGAGGGCUCUGCCAGUGUGACCUUUCGCCUCUAUGUGACAUCAAGGGGUGCUUGGUCACCAACGGUCAUUAAUGGAGUGAUCGUCGGCCUCGUUGUGAUUGGCGUCAUCAUGCUCAUCGUGGCAGCCAUCUUGAUGUACAAAAAGUGCGAAAGGGAAGGAAAAGUAGUGAUUGACGUGGAAUCUUACACAGAACAGAAAAGAAUUUGCAGCAUCAACUCUCCAGUUGCCAAGGAGUGUAACAGCAUAGGACGUAACCAAGAGGAAGGCAAGAACGUCUCUCAAGCACAAGAAAAGAUGGGAAAAGGCACUGAUGAAAUCUACAGUGAGCCUGACUCUGUGAAUUACGUCUCUGUUAUAUUUAUUCCACGGGAACCUCACCAAAAAGUGACUUCUGAAAAUCCCCCAACAGAAUACGCUGAAGUCAAGAAAUCACAGUCCUCAGACUUUACAAGAAGCCAGGCAGAUAUAUAGUAAUUCACAAUCAUUUAGCUUUCUUGACAAAGGCACUUCCAAUGUGCUGUAUUGUCCUUGGAAGAAAUCACUCCCUCCUGAAUACUUCACACCCCUUCCUCCCCAUUUAUCUUUCUACAUCCUCCUCUGGGGCAGGGGAUGCCCAUGGCCUUCUUCAGGCCUACCUGCCCUGCAAAAGGCAGCAGAAGCGGCUGGGGUUGUUGAUUCCUCCACUGGCUUCCUUGGCUUUCCCAUGAUCAGCAGCAGCUUGUAUAAGAUGUAGACCUCAAAUAUGGGAUGUAGACUUUUGCAUGCUCCGGCCCCUGGUUCAAUCCCAGAUAAAGGGCCAAAGGCAGUUGGACUGAGAUAUACCUCUGUCCAAGGUGCUGAAGAUCUAUCCUCAUAUAACCAAAAGGCAUUGAGCUAAAUAAGAAAGAGGUCUCACUAGGGUUGUUUCAUAUGCUUCAUUUAGCAGAACAGUGUCUUUCCCCAUAGUGAAAAUGACGCCAACAGCCGAUAUCCUAUAUUUUGUGUAUCAACGUUCUGAAAACAGGACAGUCAGCAACAUGGAGAGGGGGGAUUUGCUGCUUGGGUAACAGCCUAUCCUCCAUAUGAUUUUACCCAGGCUUCGUGCU